AAUAUCAUCUAUCUUAUUAAUUAAUAAUUUGCGAAUCUUUAGAUUCAAAAUUUUAUAAUUAGUCAGCAAUUAAUUGCUGUAACUUUUUAAAUUAUUGAAUAUUUAUUAUAAAGCAUCAAAACAUAAUAUUUAUUUUUUAUCUAUACAAACUUAUUUAGUAGACAUUAUCAUUAAUUAGAUUAACUAAAAUUUAAGCAAAUGGAUAAGCUGGUUGGUAUGUGCAGUAAGUUUAUGGAUGUUGUUGCUUCCAAACUCUGCUUCAGAAAUGGAGAUAAUGAAGGGAAAAAAAAACCUACAAUUAAUGUUACUUAAGCAAUAUAAAUGAAUUAGCAAGAAUAAGAUGAUACAAAAGAAAAACAACUUCCUGCUACUAAACCACAUGAAAUACUAAAAAGAGAAAUAGAGUCACUGCUAAAAUAAUUAUAAGUAUAAGAAAAAAACAUAGAUUACUUCAUCCGAAAUUUUGAAAAAAAAUUUGGAUAUGAAGAUGAUUUGAAUGCUUACAAUGAAUUCAUAGGAGAAAUACAUAAAUUUAUAAAUAAAGCAGAAGAAAAAGAUAUAGAAGAUGAAGAUGAUAAAGAAAAUUUAAUCGAAUUUAAGAACAGCGAAUUUUAUAAAAACCUGUAAAAAUUUGUACAGGAGAGAAAAAAGCUUAAAAAGAAAAAAGAUGAACUCAAAAUUGAUGGUAUAUACUUGGAGUAAAAAGGUCUUAAAAAUGAUGGAUUUUUUUAAGAAAUAAUGCAAAGGUUAAAUAAUUAAGCCUAAAUAGAUAAAAGAUAGUUCAACUCAAACAUUCUUAAAGAAGAUCCAUAAAUUAAAGAUAUAUUAUCAUUUACGACUUUAUCAAUUAUAAAUAAUAAAUAAUGCUAACCAGAAUCUUAUGAAUCUUCUUAGGCAUAAGAUAUGCUGAUUUAAGAUGCAACGGAAUGGGUAAAAGAUAUAGAAUUGAUAUAUAUAAUAUCUUCUAAAGGUGAUUAGCAUAUUUAUCAAGAAAACAAUUUAUCACAUCAAUAAUAAACAUAAUUUUUUGAAACUCUCUAAAAAGUAAAAGAGUAGGGUAAAAGUAAAAAUACUCCUUAAGAUCAUUCAAUACAGGAUAUAAGUGUUCAAAAUAAUAUUAUUUCUCUUUAACACUUGGAAAAUAAUACUGGCUUACCCACAUCUCAAUAGCUAUAAGAAGAAAAAGUUGAAAAAGAAUUGGAAUAGUUCCAAAAUGAUGAGUUUUCAAAUAGUUAACUUGAUGAUUUUUAAAUGGAUGAUGAAUAAAAUGAAGGUGAAGAUUAAGAUAAUGAUUAUGAAGAUUUAGAUGAUAGAUAAGAAGCUUAAAAUAAGCUUCUGGAAGUAAUAUAAAAUGCUCUGGCAAAUAUAGAUUAAUAAAAAAAAUAACUUAAUAAAAUGUAAGAGAAAACAGGUAUUAUUAGAAGAACAGUUUGGUUUGCUAAAAAUAAACGUUUUGUUGCAUCAAAGCUUUAAGUAGAGAUUAAUUGGAUUGAUGGGACUAUUGCGGAUGUUGCUAAUUAUUUUGAGUAAGAAUUUAAGCUGCAAAAAAAAAUUAGAGAAAAAUAUCAAAUGAUGCAAAGCUAAUAUGUUUUAAAAGUUAUCCAUACAGCAUUUUAUUAGCAAUAAAUAUUCUUUGGUUCUCUUUUAUACAUAACUGUCGAGAUAAAAGAAACAGGGGAGCACUGUCUGAGAGACUUAAUAAAAAAGAGAUAGGAGUAAGAUAAUAACUAUAAAGAUGUUGAAGUAGCUUACAUAAUUUAGAUUAUAAAUAAUGCUCUAUAAGAAGCUAAAAAGUUAAAUGUUUAUCAUUCUAACAUUAAUGAUGGAAAUAUAUAUUUCUUUCCUGAUCUCAAAACGUAUAAACUUGGAGAUUUUAUGUUUUAUGAUUUUGACAAAGAUUUUAGAAAAAUUGGUAACACUCCAUAGAGUAGAAAUAGAAUAAGUGAAAAAGUUGAUUAGAAUUCUCUUAUUUUUCAUGCACCAGAAAUUUUAAAGCUAUACAAAAAGAAUAUUCAAAAUUACAAUAAAUAGAAAGAAGAAGCAGACAAUUUUAGCAGAGAUAUUAAAAAAAGAUAAUUAGAAUUUUUAAAAUCUUUGAAUAAGCAACUAGAUAAUCAAGGGCAUUUUAACUUGCAUCAAAAUUUACCUAAAACGAUUAACAAUUUUGAUGAGGUGUAUUCUGUAUUAGAAGAAAGUAAAGAUUAUCUAACUCCUGCUCAGUAGUCAUAAAUGAGAAAGCUAAUUGCUGAAAAAUAUGAUGAAAUAAGAAAGGAUCUUGAGUCUGGAAGCGUUGAUGUUUUCAAAGCAGAUAUUUAUAGUCUAGGCAUGGUUGCUAUAAAAAUGAUUAUAAAAGGGAAGCUUGAAUCUAUCUACAAUAAUCCUAAAAAAACACCAAAAGAAAAAUUUAUUCAAAUUUUUAGGAUAAUUCAAAAAUAAAAAUAAUUUAUUAAACUCAUCCCUUUGCUCAAAAGAAUGAUUGCUUUUAACCCAGAUAAAAGAUUCACACAUUAAGAGAUUGAAGGCUUUAUUUAAAAGUUGAAAAAACCACCAUCAAAACCUACAGAUGAUUUGUUUUACUAGAUUUAAACUUAAUCAAAUGAAUAAUAAUUUCUAACUUAAUUUUAAGAAAAAUAAUCUUAAGACAAAUAAUCCUAAGACAAAUAAAAGGAAGUAAUAUACAAUCUAUAUAAAGUAGCUCAGGGUUAUUAUGAUCUCAGAAGUUAUUAAAAAGCUGGUAAAAUAUAUAAAGAGCUUCUUAACCAUCAUGAAAUCUUAACUGAAAACCUUCAGCUCGAUCGUAUACUUUAGAUUCAGUUUUAACUAGCCCUUACUUAUUAUGAAAGAAGAAAAUUGGCAAAUGCUAAAAUUGUCUUUUUUGACUAAUUAUAAUUGGCAAAGGAAUAUAUUGAGAAGAAUUAGUUAGACAUCAGAUUUUAUAGACCUUACUACUAUCUAGCUGGUAUCUCGUUUAUGGAAGAGUAGUAUGAUUCUGCUCUUAAAUAUAUAGAAAAACUUCAAAGCCUAACAGAAUCUUAUUUAAAUUAAUAUUAUUUCUGGUCAAAGUGCAUGCUUUAAAUAUUAGAAGCUAAUAUACUUGGCGAUAUGAAUAACAAUUUACUAGCAAUCAGAAAACUGAAAUAAGUAUACAAUCAAGCUGGUUAAUGGUGCCUUUAAAACAAUUUUAAUUAAGAGUUAUAUAUAGAUAUCAUAUACUGCUUGGGUAUUUAAUAUCUUUAAUCGGGUAAUUAUAAGUAAUCAGAGUUAGCAUUCAAAUAAACAAUUAGGUGUAUAAAAGAAAGAAAUAACCCCUUUCUUUCAUAAAAUGUUAUUUUGAUGAGCAUGGGUUAUCUCGGUGUAAUCGGAUUCGAAAUGAAUGAGCUAAAAUUAUUAUCAAAUUACACUCAAAAAUGUUAUGAUAAAAUACUUGUCUAUUAAAGAAGUGAAGGAGAUUAUGUAGAUACUAUUCUGAAAUGGCUCAAUAAAUUUGGAUAAUUUUUGCCAGUUCUAUUAGUAAAUUCAGAAAUCAAAUAACUUAUUGAUAUAUUAUAAAUUGGUUUAUCUAAAGUUUAAAAAAAUUUAUAUCACAAUGAAAUUCAAAUUUACUACAUUAUGGCAAAAGCACAUUAUUAUGCAGGAGAUUUUAAUGGUAGCAUCAAUAAAUUUUUAGAUGCUUUGUAAGCCUAUAAUGAAUCUAGCAAAGUAUUACUUGAUUACAAGAGUAAAGGAUAGGGAUCAACAUACAAGACAAGGCAAUAAAUUAUCUUUAAUAAAAUUGAAAAUGAGAAAAUUAGAAAAUAGAAGCUGCUCGAUAUGGAGAGAGAUAAAUUUAAAUUUAGAUUCUAUCACUUUUAGAUUCCUUAAUUUAAUCUUCAUUUAGUGGAUAAGGCUCUUAUUGCAAAUAUAUAUGACUGGCUGUGCUAUCUCUAUUUUUAUUAGAAUAAAUUACCAUAAUCAAAAGAGUGCUUCUUAAAUUAUUAACAGAUUAUGAAUUAAGUUUAAACAUAAAAUGAAUAAGUAUAAAUUAGAUUUUCACUUAGAAUGGGAAAAAUUUUCUUUCUCUACCAAAAUUACGAAAUGAGCUUGUAAGCACUAGCAAAGAGUUUAGGGUAGCUUGAUAGUAUUCCAAAAUUCUAGCUGUCUUACACUACAAGGUAACUCUAUUCAGAAAUUGUUAAUCUCUCAGGUUUAAUUGCUCUUAUUCUCUAGAUAGAUGACAUAGGAUUUAAAAGGUUCGAAGAAGGGUUAAACUAGUUUGAAAAUCAAGAAUUUAAUAAUUUAGAAAAAUCAAGCCCACUCAAAUCUCCUAAAUCUAAUUUAGUACAAUCCAAGUAAUUUUCUGAAAGUAGUCCUCGAACCCCUGGUUCAAAAAAAAUAGAAAUGAUAAAGGUGAAAGAUUAGGAAGAAGUAACGAAGGCAGAUUUGAUAGAAUCAUUAUAGGAAUAAGAAGAAGAAGAAGCUGUUCCUGAUAUUUUCAAAGACGAUGAGGAAGAAGAGGAGGAAAGUGAAGAAAGCCAGUAAAAUUUAAAUUAAAAUUAGUAAAAUGAGAACUUGGAAGAAAUAGAAGAAGCAGAUGCAUAACCAAAAGAAAAAGAUAUAGAAAAGAAUUAUAGAUACAAUUUGGAGUUGGAUGAAUACGAAAAAGAUGAAUUAAAUUUAAACAAGUUGUCAUAACAACAUUUUUUAAUAAACAAUUACAUUGAUAUUACAUUAAAUUGCAUAUAUAUUGGAUUAUAUGAAAAAGCCCUUCAGUAUAUCCAAGAAGGUUAUAACAAAAUUUUUGGUGGAUAAACAACAAAGAAAAAAAAGAAAGCUAACCAAAUUUCAUAAAUUGAUUUUAGAUUUAUUCUUGGAUAUGUUAAUGCUUUAAAUAAAAAUGAAUGGAAUUCACUAUAUCAUUUCUAUGAAUGCAUGAAUAUUUGUCAAUCUAUUUACGAGAAAAAUGUUGUGAAUAAAACCUAGAAACAAAGAUAUGCCAUAAUAUGUACAUAUGUAGCAAAUUAAUUCUGCAAGCUCGGAGUGUACAAGGAAGCUUUUGUUUUUUAAGAUAAUACACUUAAAAUUAUACAAAAAGAUGUUGAAGUUGUUUAAGCCUAACUAGCAUCUGUUUGUACACAAUUGAAUAAGUUAAAACAGGCUGACAUAGCAAUUAGUAAGGCAAAAAAAGCAAAAUAUGCAAAUCCACAAGAUCAAUUAAUAGUUGAUUGUAAAUAUGCUGAGGUUAGGUUAAAAUAUGAUUAAGAAGAGGCCAUUAAGAUAUACUAAGAAGUUAUGGUAUCCAUUACGGAUCCAGAAAAUUUUUAAGCAAUUAGCUAUAAUACUAAAGCCUUUAUUUUGAAAUCUAUUGCUAAAUUUGUAUUAGAAGUAGAUGAUUAACUGAUUAAUAUUUAAAAGAUCUACGUAUUUUCACAGUGUUUAAAUUACAGCUUUAAAUUUUAUACCAUUUGUGAUAAUUAAGAAGCUAUGGUAGAGUGCUUAGUUAUGUUUGCAGAGAUGUACUUUAACACGUGCUUAUAUGAAAAAUGCUUAAAUUUUAUUGAGCAGUUGUACAAUUAAUAGUCCUUCAAAAUAAUAAGAUAAAGAGUAACAAAAAUGAAAUAAAAUCCAGGUAUUUACGAAAAUCUAUAAAAUUACUCUGACAGCAUAUUAUUUAGCUAAAAUAUGAUAUAUUAAGCAGAUAUUAUCAGAUUGUUUGCUAAAUGUCAUUAUCACCUUAACACUGAAUACAGAAGAGAAUUUGAAGCUAUAAGGGAAUAACUUAUUCUGUGUAAAGACAUUUAUGAAAUAUGUCUUCAAUCUAAUAAUGAAAUAUAGCACUUUAAAAUAAACGAUACUUUAAUGUAUUUAUUUGCUGUUGAGUUGCAAAACAAUGAAUUUACUCAUGAUAGUUUAAAAAAUAUGGAAAACGAAUUAUAGAAAAUUGAUAGUUUUUUAAAAUAAAAUAUAAAAUCCUUUUGGUUUAAUGCUGAAGAUAUAACAUUUUUAGAUAUGGUUAGAGCAAGGUGUAAACUUGGUUAUUCUUCUUUCUUUAGAUCUUAUUCUCUUUACUAAAAAUUCAUGAAUCACAAACUUAAUUCAAUUGGCUUGAAUUACAAUCCAGAAUUGAAGAGGAAGUUAAAAAAUUUGGUGGAAAAUGAAAAACAGCCUGAUUAUCUGGAUUUCUUUUCACAAUAUUUUGUUCUCGUAGACAAAAGAAAAACAACUAUUGAACAACAAAAAGAGUUUAUCAGUGUGCUUUUUGGAGACCCAAAUCACACUCAAUAAUUUAAACACAAAGCUAACGAAUUACAAAAAAUAAUAGGAAGUAAUUAAGGUGGAUUUAUAAAUCUAGUCAAAAAUUAAGUCAGUCAAAUUGAUUCAAGUUAAACUUUAAAGCAAGAGUCUAUGACUUAAAUUAAUGAUAAAUACUUAAUUGAUAACUAGAAAGAGUAUGUUUAAGAGGCAGAGAGAAUCAUAUGGGAUAGAAUUUAAAAAAUGACUUAAGACAACCACCCUUUUAAAAAAGAAAUCUAAAUGCUUUAUUCUCUAAUAGGAAAAUAUAGAGAUUAGUUCAGAGAUUGA